AUGUCGACGCUACGGCGCGCAUUCGCAUCCCAAGCCGAAGCGCUGACCGGUCUGGCAGUGCCCAAGACACGACGACCAAAAUUCGACCUCCACCUCAAAAUCCACGACCUCAACAACGUCCCCCUCGUCUCAGGAACCUCCUUCGUUAAAUGGGACCUCCCGCACAGCACCGCAGCCGAGCACCGCGGCCGCACGACCAAAGCGCCCAUAAAGGACCACAAAGUGUGCUACGACUACUCCAUCACUUUGCCCGUACGUCUCACCGUCGACAAGAGCGGCACGCUGCAGGAGAGCUUCAUCCACUUCGAGGUGCUGCAGGAGUACUCCUCCGGCGGGCGGGGCGAGCGGAUCGUGCUGGGCAACAUACGGCUGAAUCUCGCAGAGUACGUUGGGGCGUCUGAGGGGCUGACAGAUUCUGGACGUACCAAGAGCGGGGCGGGCCAGCGCGAUGGCGAGGAAGAGGGGGUUUGUAGGCGGUAUUUGAUGAAAGACUCUAAAAUCAACAGCACCUUGAAAAUCUCAAUCCUAAUGAAGCAAACAGAAGGCCCCCGCGACUUCACCGCUCCCGCCCUGAAAACGGCCCCCGUCUUCGGCGGCAUCGCCGGCAUCAUCUCCGCCGACGCGACCGAAUCAGACCCCGCAGCCGACGGCAACGCGCCGUCUCUAUCCUCUGCUUCUCGGCGCGAAGCAGGCGAGCUGCAGGACAUGUACAGGCGGACGUUGGCCGCGUACUGGGCGGCGCAACCCGGGGAGUUGAAGGCUGAUGAGUGCAUCGAGGAUAUCUUUGCUGGCGGGGAUGGGUGGGGGGAUAGACAUAAGCCGUAUCCGUCUGCGAUGCUGCAGGUGGAGAAGCCGAUGGCGGGGAGGAUGGCGGAUGGGAUGGGGGCAAGGGAGGACAGCAGUCGGUCUAGCGACUCGUCGCCUGGGCCUUUUCAUAGGAGCGAUAAGCAUCAUGUGAGGGUAGCGUCAGGCGAGAGCCUGUUCCACAGAACGACGGACCACAGACCCAGGAGUAAUGGACAAGGCGCUGUGAAGAAGGGAGAUGUGGGCCAGAUAGGUUCUGGGGGAGGUGUCAAGGGGAGGGCUAGCCUUGAGCAGCAGGCUCGUCAACUCAAGGCCGGGGCAGAGGAACAGGGACAGAAGCACGUGAGGGAGGUUGACGAGCUCGAGAUCAGGGAUGAUCUGAGGAGCUGGAGGUUACCGACAUGA